AUGCUUCUUCGAUUGUGUUUACUUCUGAACCUCACCGUUCUUGGCUUCUCCUUCCAAGGAACUAAGAACACUGUGAAUGUCUUCCGACUGACGUCAAAAGGAACCGCUUUGGAUCUUUCGUCACCCCUCUUUGGAGAGGAUGCGAAUGAAGAAGAACUCUUUGGAGACUCGGAACGAUCCAUUAAGGAUGGUGAGGACAUGGCCAAACUAUUUUACAAAGAAAUGCAACGACGAAGCGAUAGUAGUACUCUUAAUGUUGAUAGCAGUGUUCAAGAGAUCUCUGCAGAUACACCAUCACCGCCAUCACCAGCCAAAAGUACAGCAGAUCUUCGCAAGUUGAUUGCUGAAACUGGCAACCUUGACACGGCCACUGAUUCGAAUGCAAAGGACGAUAAAACAUCGACGACAAGCCAAUCAGCGGAUGCAAAGUUUACUGGUCAGAACUCCCUCCCUCCACAGCAACCAUUCUCGAGGUCACCAAGGGAAGCCUUUCUUUCCGGUAACACCAAUGCUGGCCCAAGAUCACCCCGUGAAGUCAUGAUGGAACGAGAGUACGAACUGGUAGGUAGAGCCGAGAGAAAUAUUGGUAUUCAGGCAGUCUUUGCGGUUCUUGCCUUGACCUUUUAUAUUUAUAUUGGGCUGAGUGGAGGCAUUUCCAGUCGACUCGAUGGGCCCGAUCUGGGAGCAGACGAAAUGCUUCCGUUUGAACAAAUGAUUCCCACGCAGACGGACCGAGAGAACACAGUCUGGUUGUAG